UUAUCGAUUGUUUUGCUACAGAGACCAUGUUCUUCAGUUUCGACAUCGUCUGUAAAAAUACAAAUGAAUCGAGGAAAUCACGUUAAAUAUGUUCAUACCAGAAGUGCUCGUGUGGAGAUUAGAGAUGCUAGUGAUGAUCGGUGGCAAUUUAUCGCCUAUAAACCAUUUGAAGAAAUAUUUGUCAUUGCUUUCUUCCCAUCCAUACUCGAUCCCGAACAGUGUGUUGGAUUACUAAAUUCAAGCGAAGAUGAUGAGAUGCAAAUUACCGGUUAUAAGCGUUCACGUUGGCGCACGCUGCUAUGCUGGUGUCUUAUUUGCAUAACUGGUGGCCUGUUGCGGCUGUUAAUGCACUGGUGGCAACAUUGGUGCUUAAUUGCUACACACGUAAAAUGUCCAUUAGAAGUUGCUGAGAAGGUUUUAAUACAAGAGGAUUAUCAAAAAAAACACAAAAUAUAUUACGUUAAAACUGUACAGGAGCUAAAUGUUCCGGUAUUAAAGGAAUCUAUGCAAAAGCAAGAAAAUUUACUACCUUCUCUAUUAACCAAAGAUGGAAGUCCCAGGAAUAGGAACAUGCCCACAAUGCAAACACAACGAGAGAAAGUUGAAGUUAAUGAAAAUAACUUGCAAAUAAGUUUGCAUUUCUCUUCAGCACAAUUUAAACGUAGCAAGAGUGCAAGAAUUUUCAAUUGUAAGCAAUUGCGUUACGCCUGGGACAAUCAAACACAAUCAUUUCAUAAACUGAAGGGACUUGAUGUAAACGUUUCGAGUGCAUAUUUUCAUCAGCAGAAGGGCUUACCAGCUCAGGAACAAUUAUCUCGCCGCCUAGCAUAUGGGCCAAAUGAAAUAACUAUUCCUUACAAAGACUUCAAGACUCUCUUGGUUUUGGAAAUGUUGAAUCCAUUCUACGUUUUCCAAAUAUUUUCUGUAAUAUUGUGGUUUACGUAUGACUACUAUUAUUAUGCCUGUGUAAUACUGCUCAUGUCAAUGUUUGGAAUAGCUAUGUCGAUUAUUCAAACUAAAAAGAAUCAAGAUUCUUUGCGUGAAACUGUAAUGAAUACCGGUUGUGCUUUGGUUGUAACAGAGUCUGGUCAAGUUCGGGAAAUACCUACCGAGUGCUUAGUUCCUGGCGACAUUAUUGAGAUACCCACAAGCGGAUGUACGAUGCAAUGUGAUGCUGUACUUUUAUCAGGAAACUGUAUACUUGAUGAAUCAAUGCUCACAGGUGAAAGCGUACCUGUAACAAAAACUCCAUUGCCAAUGAAGGUUGAUUUAAUAUUCGACAAGAAGGAACAUGCACGGCAUACACUUUUUUGUGGCACAAAAGUUAUACAAACACGUUAUAUUGGAUCGGAAAAGGUUUUGGCGAUUGUUAUAAACACUGGAAAUAUAACUACCAAGGGAGGACUCAUUCGUUCUAUAUUGUACCCACCGCCUGUUGAUUAUAAGUUCGAGCAAGAUUCAUAUAAAUUCAUUGAAUUUUUGGGUUUGAUCGCAAUUAUCGGUUUUGUAUACACACUAAUAACCAAGAUAAUGCGCGGUAUCGAACCUGUCAAAAUUGCAGUGGAAUCUUUGGAUUUGAUAACAAUCGUUGUGCCACCUGCGCUGCCAGCAGCCAUGACUGUAGGUCGUUUUUAUGCUCAAAAACGUCUUCAAAAGAAAAACAUAUAUUGUAUAUCUCCACGAUCUAUAAACGUUGCAGGCAGUAUUGAUUGUUGCUGUUUCGACAAGACGGGUACACUCACUGAAGAAGGUUUGGAUAUGUGGGGUGUUGUUCCAAAAACAGUAACAAAUGAAUUCCAAAUGCCCAUAAAACAAAUCAAGCGCUUACCAUACGAUAAUUUUUUAUUUGGGAUGGCAACAUGUCAUUCAAUAACUAUUAUGAAUGGAAAGCUGAUGGGCGAUCCAUUGGAUUUAAAAAUGUUUGAGUCUACUGGCUGGACUAUCGAAGACCAAAAAAAUAUACCUGAUUAUCGAAAAUACGGUUUGAUUCAUCCCACAAUUGUACGACAGCCAAAAAAAGGAUCUCUAACUCUUCAGGUUACAGUUCAACGUCAAUCUUCAAUCGAUGAUUUGUUGGCUGAUGUCGGUUUGCUUAAUGGUGAAGCGAACAAUGAUCAUGGGAUAGUUCGUGAAUUUCCUUUUACCUCUAAUCUGCAACGAAUGUCUGUUAUAACACGUCGACUUAAUGGAAGCAAUUUUAAUGUAUAUUGCAAAGGCUCACCGGAGAUGUUGCAGCAACUUUGCCAGCCAAACAGUUUGCCAGAAAACUAUUCUCAGCAACUUGCAUAUUUCGCAAAACGAGGGUAUCGUAUUAUUGCAAUUGCUUUUAAACCGCUCAGUCGUAAAAUGAGUUAUAUUAAAGCCCAGCGCUUAGCACGUGAAAGUGUCGAAUGCGAUCUUGAAUUCCUUGGAUUCGUUGUGUUGGAGAAUCGCCUGAAACCAGAUACAAACGAAGUCAUACGGUCACUUACUGCUGCCAACAUACGCACUGUUAUGAUAACUGGAGAUAAUAUCUUGACGGCAAUAAGUGUCGCUCGUGACUGUGGCAUUGUGCCACCAGAACAGGCCGUUGUUACUGUUAACGUUCGACAUCUACCAGAAAAAGAAAAAAAUAUAUAUGAGCUUUACUAUACGCUUGAGCUAGGUGAUUGUGACGAUUCUUCCAGAGCGUUAGUUAAUGAAACUGAAAUUGGAUCGUUGGAGUCCUCAGUAAAUAAUUUGGAUGACAUCAGUUGUGUUACUGGAGGUGAUUAUCAAAGGUAUAAUGGGGAUGUGACAUCGUUAAGUAGUGUUUCAGCCACAUUACCAAAUAGUAAUAGCCUAGUGAGUGUUGAAACGUUUGAAACUUGGACACAUCAAGAUCCAGAGUUGGGUCUCUCUGUCUUUACUAAAGAAAAAGCAGAUCGGCAUCAUUUGAUGACCCAUGAUUUGAACACAAGUUGGAGGAAAAAUUACAGAUUCGCUAUGGUUGGAAGAACAUGGCAAAUCAUAAGAGAAAACUUUCCUGAUGAAUUGAAAAAUUUUGUAACUCGUGGUUCUAUUUUUGCACGCAUGUCACCGGAACAAAAGCAAGCCUUAAUUAUGGAACUUCAGCAGCUUGACUACUCUGUUGCAAUGUGUGGUGAUGGUGCCAACGACUGUGGGGCUUUGAAGGUUGCGCACACUGGUAUUUCGUUAAGCGAGACUGAGUCUUCCAUUGCGUCUCCAUUCACCUCUCGUAAUGCAACAAUUGCGUGUGUUCCAACUGUGAUAAAGGAAGGAAGGGCGGCGCUAGUUACAUCAUUCGGUAUAUUUAAGUACAUGGCAGCGUACUCUAUGGUACAAUUCAUAUCUGUUAUGAUUCUAUACUCUAUUGACUCCAAUCUAACGGAUAAACAGUUUUUGUAUAUUGAUUUGGGUCUGAUAUCAGUCUUCGCAUUUCUCUUCGGUAAAACAGAAUCAUAUAAUGGGCCGCUGGCCAAACUAGUUCCGUUAAGCUCACUCAUAUCGCUAGCGCCUCUAUCAUCACUUGUAUUGCAUUUACUUGUUGUAAUCGGAUUUCAAACGGGUGGUUGGUUCCAGUUACAUCAACAAGAGUGGUUUGUUCCAUUUAAACACAGCGACGAAGAUCAUUUAGGUUGCUAUGAAAAUUACAUUAUAUUUGCGAUAUCAAGUUUCCAGUAUAUUAUACUUGCAUUUAUUUUCUCCAAAGGGGCUCCAUAUCGCAAGCCGAUUUGGUCCAAUAUACCAUUAUGCCUUUCGUUGAUUAUAAAUUUUUCCAUUGUAAGCUACUUAGUUUUAUAUCCUACAAAAUGGAUAGCCGAUUUUUUCCAGUUAAUUGUACCAGACGUUAUUAGCUUUCGGUACUGGAUGUUGCUUUAUGGCGCUGCGAAUUUUCUUGUGCAUGCAUUUGUUGAAACAUUCGUCGUCGAAUUUUUAGUAUUUAAGAAUAUACAAGUUCGACGUGAAGCAAAUAUGCAAAAAUCAAACAAGAAAUAUCUGCAUGUGGAAUAUGAUUUACAAUAUUUCAAGCACUGGCCGAAAAUAACACAAACAUGUGAAGCUUUUGAUUCCUCCACAUCUCACGAAGAAACUAAAUCCACGUAUGUUGAAAUUAGAGCUGAACAAAGUUUUGACGUGCCAGCAUCGCAAAAUAAUGCACUAAAUAGCUUUUUUGGAGUGGAAUUAUCAACAGUUCAAACCUUGCCAACUGUAGUCGAGGGCAGUGUACUUAGCGAAUCAGAACGAAUACCAUUGCCUUCAAAACCAAGCCAAAUGAAUAGUUCUAAAUCCAAUGCAAAACUUAAGUCAUGAGAAUUACACUAUGUAACGAAUUCAUCGAACUUUCUUAUUGUUGCUAAGUAUAAUUGGUUUUGUAUUAUGAGUUAUUUAUUCGGUUUUUUGUUUUCUCUGUUUCGUGUUUGUAAAUUAAUUUUUAGCAGUGCUAUUUGGAAUGUGUUAGUUAUUCGUAAAACUCAUUCGUUUAUAAUAAACAUGUGUUGGUUGAUAAAAAAAAAGUA